AUGGCGCUUGUGUUCGUGGUUAUUCGCGUCUUGUUGGGGCUGUUCUUCAUGCUGACGGGAGCGAUCAAGCUGACGGAUCGGAUCUCCCCGGAGUUGCAUGCGGAGGCGGUUGAUGAGUUUGUGAAAUUCGCUCAAGUGUUUCCUUUAAUCGAUGAGGGGAUCGAGGUCGAUCCCAUGAAUUACCAAAAGGCAGUAGGCUGGAUCGAAUUGAUUGGAGGUUUUCUCCUGGCGUUUGGGUUGAAGUUCAUGCAGGAAGUCAGUAAUAUUGCCCUUUCAAUCGUCAUGAUGGGUGCCAUUCAUUCCCUCAUGGUGCUGAAGAAACCCCUUUACAUGUGUAUACCAGCUUCUGUCUGCCUUGGUUUACUGCUGCUUCUCCUUUAUGUGUGGAGAAGAGACAAAGGGAAGCAAAAGGAAGAAUAAACAACGCUCUGUUCCAGUCUCUGUUCCAGUUAUGGUCCAGUUUGAACCUUACAUGAUCUUGCAGUAGUUUAAAAGCAUUUAGAAAAUAAGUGCGACAUGACAAUUAGUACAGUGCUUUGAUCAAAAUUUUGUAGGUUGGCUGGUAAUAAGGAGGGAAUUUUGCCAAUUGAAUAUUUAGUGAAAUCAUGAAGGCGUAAACAGUUUUCUUGUAACAUGUGUGGCCACAAGAUUGGUGUCUGGAAGAGGAAGAGACGUUCAGAAGCUCAAUGUCAAAGUUUAUAGAUUGACUGAAACAAAAAAAAACUUGCUGGAGAAACUCACCAGAUCUGGUAGCAUCAGAAUUAAUGUUUUGGAUUAACUCCACAGAUGCUAUGAGACCUGCUGAGCGUUUCCAGCAAUUUGUGUUCUUGUUUCUGAUUUAUAGCAUCCGCAGUUCUUUUGGCUGUUUAGGCUUGACAGACAGGAAUGGAGACAGUAGAUGUAAACAUAUCUGGCAUGUGUUUUAUGUUUGCAGAUUACAGGAGGUAGAUUGAGUACUUUACACAAAACAUUUGCAAAAUA